AGCCCUGCGUGGGAGGCGUGGCGGGCUGGGGGAAGUGGGUGUGGCGACUGGGGAAGGGGCGUGGCUCCAGAGAAGCAAUAUUAUCCUGCCUUCUCCUCCCUGCCCGGGCAGUGUGUGUGCUCAAGGCAGGAGCGGGAGAGCCAGCCAAGCAAGCAGCCUUUGUUUUGGGAAGAGACAAAGGGAGCUUCCUUGGGGAGCGGGAGCCCGGCUUUCUCUGCUUCUCAUGGCUGCUUUACACCGAGCCAGGAGCUCCCGCUUCUGCAGGCUGUUGCUUCUCGCUCUGUUGCAGGCAACCCCUUCCUUUGCUGUGAUUCACUGUACUGGCCCCCAAGAGUGCAAUCAACCGGGGACUAGCUGGACAAGCUUGUGGUAUGUCUGGCUUAUUCUGCUCACGGUGUUCACGCUGCUAAUGUGCGGCAUCGGCGCCAGUUGUGUGAAGUUUUGCUGCCGCAAGAAGAGGCCACCGGUUCAGGCGUUCCCGUCGCACGCCCCCGACCUCACCAUCAUCCCCAUGGACCAUGACAGCACAGCCCACAGCACCGUGACCUCAUACAGUUCUGUCCAAUACCCCCAGAGUUUCCCACUUCCGCUGCCCUUCCGGGAGAUGGACAGGAAUAUGGGGACCCCUCCUGCGUACAGCCUCUACGCCAUCGAACUGCCGCCAUCUUACGACGAGGCCAUCAAAAUGGCCAAGCCGGGCGUCGACGGCCCGAUUGUGGGCCCCAAACUGGACAAGGAUGCCGCCUCACAACCGAUGGCCCCAGAAGAUCAGAACCAGCCCCCGGUGUUACCCGAGCCACCCAACUGCAGCUCUGAGGCAGGACCCGCGGGCAGGCCGGCGAUUCCGGAAGCUUCCGCGGGCAGGCCGGCGGUUCCGGAAGCUUCCGCGGGCAGGCCGGCGGUUCCGGAAGCUUCCGCGGAAGGACAAUCAUAGCUGCAGCCCCUCUUUGGAGGGUGGUAAGUGAAUAUGGACAGUGAGGAGUACUCCAGCUGUGAGGAGAAGCUAUAUAUUUGGUUCACUUGGAGAGACCCAGUUGUCUGGCCCAUGCGGCGAUCUGCUGGAUGGAAGGAAUAUCCCCUGUGACUUCACGAGGCAGUCUUCAAGGAUAACAUGUUCAGCCCUCUGUGGGCGAGAGGUGGCUGGUGCCUGUCCCCUCAUGAGGACUCUAGGCUGGGUGAUCAGAAAAGCAUCCGGCCACUGGCUCUGAGCAGGCGUUGAAGAGGGGCUGUUUCCUCGGACUCCAAAAAACGAGGCAAAGUGUAAAUUUGCGAGAUCUUCUACCCAGAAGAUAGAACAGUCCAGCAAAUUGCUGCAGUAUGGAGCUCGUUGCUAUGUAACGGCAAGCAGUCUCUGACAUCCCGGCAUUUGGACUGGAUGCGUGUGAUGGAUUUUUCAAGGUGCCGUUGUGUCUCAGGAUCUGGGGGGUCUGGAUCUGACCUAAAGGUCAAAUCUGUUCCGACAAAUGUCCCCAUCACAAUACCCGGGCACUGGUUCCUGGUCCGCAGAUCUGGUUUCUUCCUGGUCAAAUUCCAGGCACCCAUUUAGAAAUGUAUAGCGUUUCAACCUGCGCCGGCUACGGAUUUUGCCAAGGAUGCAAACUGUGAAUCUUCUUCCACCAGAGGAGAAAGGGGUGCAAAAUCUAGCAGUGCUGUGCAAGGCCUUAAUGACUGUUUGUAUGUAUUUCAUUGUUGUUAUUAAAUACUUCUUUCUUACAAAA